UCGACUCGGUGGCUUUUCUUUUUUUCUCUUGGGGAGUGAGUGACAUUCUCUUCCUGCGGCCUUUGCACACGCCACGCCAUGGACGUGGACGGCGCGGGCCGAGGCCGGUGCCGAGUCGGACCAAGAAGCCUAUCACUCCGUCAUGAUUCCUUGGUUGGCGGUCAUUAUCUAUAUGUCGGCUGGCUUAUUGCUCCGAACAUGUACAUGGCAUUGCCAAGCCAGCCUGGGCUCAGUGUCUGAAAAGCCAGAGAGAAAAAAGACAAGUCCGAAGGAAGGUGAACUCAAGAGUUCCCUUCAUUUCCGUUCCUUGAGAGGGAGGCCCGGCAUGAUUCUCCCUCCCUCUCUCCUUGACUAGUCGCAUUUGCGCAAUCCGGCAUCCAGCGCCACCAGGAAUCUCUGAGCGCGGAAACCGA